GUGUGUGCGUGUGCAUGUGUGUGUGUCCAUGUGCAUGUGUGUCCAUGCACACACGAGCGCUCCAUGAGAGCAGGCAGCCCGUGCCAGGCUCACAGCGUUGCCACACUGACCGGGGAUGGAAGCAGUGUAAGCCACAGGCCUGCUGGUGUCCCUCCCCCCCGGUGUGGGGUGAGGAGCCUCACCCCGGUCGGUGCCGCUGGUCAGGGGCCGUGCAGACCCCAUUGGUCUGGGCUGGGUAGUCCCAGGUGUGUGCUGAGGACCCCUGAGGGAAAGACAGACCCAGAGUCCCAGGAGGUCAAGGACGACUUGGUUUCUGGACGGCCCAGAAACCGCGUGAGGAUGAAAGUGUGUUCCGCUGAGCUGGCGCACGGCGUGCUCGGCCCUCGCUGGUGAGCCACGGAAAUCAGCGACACAGAGCCUUUCCUGGGGCGCCCUGGCGUUGCCUCAGCAGAGGAAGACCCAGUGCCAGUGCGCCCCCCUCAACUCUGGGGGUCUCUCUAGCCAGGGUCCAGCAGGGUCGUCAGGGUCGUCAGCGAGUUCCGAGAUUUUGGGUGCUUUGGAAUGUUUGCUGACAGAAAACACUUUCUCAAGCCGUCGCUGUGCUAAUACAAACUGUUCUUGCUUUAAACACACACACACGCACACGCACAGAGCACCAGGCGCUUUUAUUUCCAAAGCGUGAGAAUUCCUAAAGCGGACAAUUUGUUCUACUUUUAUAUACACAUUUUUCAUCUUUAUGUAGAUAAAAACCUACCUAACGAAUAAGGCACAUUUGAAUUUAUUUGGUGCUGCUUUUAUUAAAGAUUCCAGAUUUAAAUGUCAAAAAAAUUGAUACUAAUUUAUUAAAAGAGCAAACCGUUGAUUAGACUUCCCUUAAGUUAAAAGCCAUCUUUAACUUCUCAGCAGGAAGUUUACUGAUUGAAAACAUGAUUCUGUCACACUCAAAACCGCGGAGCCGUGGGCGAGCUCAGUAGCAAAACAGUGGCACCUAGUGGCUGGUAAAGCCCCUGGGGUCGUACAACGUCCUGGGGUCUCCAGAACAUUCAUUCUUUCAGCUCCUAUCAGACGCCGUAGCUUUCAUUUCCCCUUCCAGUAAGUGACCAUUAGAUUCGAGCAGAUCUAUAAAAUAAUCUUUUUUGCUCAGGCUGAUACAGUUUAGAUGCUGUUUUAAGAGGUGCAAUGACUACUGGUACCUUUGCAUCACGCAUGCCCACGUCUCUCCAGCCUGCGGGAGGUUCCCCCGGCCCGGUUCACGGCUCCCGGGGACACAGGGCUAAUGACCGGUGCCAGCGCCGAGAGCCCGGCCAGCUUGGGUUUGCAGAGUUUGCCACGCCCUUUCCCGGUCCAGCCACACGUCUGUGGGAACGUGUGAGUCGGGAGCCUGGGCAGGAUGGGAGCUUCCCUCUGCUCAUGAGGAAGCCACGUCGUGGCCGCCGUACCUGAGACCUGUGCUGGUCACAGGAGCCGUGGUGGUGCCGGCAGACCAUCUCUCUCAGAAGAGUUCCAUUCCGCUAGAGAGCAAAGGCAGAUGGUAACAUACACCAUUCAGUUCUAAAAAUCUCUCUUAACUUAGGUGAAGGGAGGGGCUGAGAGGGAGUCGGCAGGCGCGGUCAGAGCGAUGAUCCGAGAACUUAAUUCCCGGUACAAGUGGGGCAGCUGGAGGGACAGGGCGGGGGCGGCUGGGACAAAUGACACAGACCUCUGAGGUCGAUCUGUGCACAGCGUGAAGCGCCUUGAGACAUACAGGCUGGAAAAUGUCCUAGAGCCGGUUAGCAAGUCCUAGCGGUCGGUUCUGGAAAGUGUAGCAACCAAGGGAGAGAGAACAGCAGACAGAGGAAGAAAACAUGGAGAAGCUCUUCUAAAUGCAAGUCACGUGUGGGUGGCAACAGGCCAGACGGAAGUCAAGCAAAGUGUCAGUAUAAAACAGAAGUCAAAGUUUAUUGAUUGGUAACAAGGUCAGUGCGGAAAAUAUCCAUGUUCUGCUAGGUGUAUUUCUUUAGAUAUUGCUCCAACUGGCAUAAGUGUCACCCGGGCUAAUUAACAUUUAUUGGUGAUUACUAUGUGUCAGGGGUUCCAGAGGCUUCCAGAAUUAUUAGCCUCUUGAACUUUCGCAGUGCUCCUUUUUUGAGAGGAAACUGAGGUUCAGGGAGUAACGUGACCCCUGAGACCACCCAGAUAAGAAGUCACAGGGCUAGGACGUGAACCUGCAGAGCUCCUCUGUUUCCGUGGCUGCUGGCCGCAGCACGCGCAUGGCUAAUACAUUUUGCGAGACUGUGUUGUUCUUGUGUCUGCAUAAACAUGAUAAUCCGUGUUCAGUCAAUACACAAAAUAUCAUUGUCAUAAAACUUUCCACUGGAAUCAGUUAAGCGUCAAGAACUUUGUCCCACUUACCACUGGCCGUGCAGCCCGAAGGGGACGGCGCCGUCCUGGGCGCGUGGGGGUGGCCAGAGCUGCAGGGUUUGCCUUCCAGGUCCAAGCUAGACAGAAAGGGUCGACUUCACAGAGCUUUGGACUCAACCUGCAAGCAUCGAGUUAUACUAACACUGGAAUAAAAGGUGAUUUUUCUUGCUUAUUAGCUGUGAGUUUGGGGUAAGUUGUUUAAAGCUCUAGAGCUGCCCUAUCCAACCCAGUAGCCACGAGCCACUUGUGCCCAUUUAAACUUUCAUUUUAAUUAGCUAAAAUGAGAUGCAAUUAUGAUUCGGCUGCUCAGAUACCCCAGCCUCGUUUCCAGUACUCCACAGGCACAUGUGGCUCGUGGCUACUGCACUGGAUGACAUCGAUAUAGACCUAAAGCACUAAAAUCACUUCGAUUUUCUGCAGUUCAGUGUCAUGCCUUGUAACGGGUCUCAGAUUGGUAAUGACAAUUAUCGUAGGAUUGUUGCAGUUAACAUGAAAUGAUGCACAUAAAAGUGGUUUGCAUGUUGUAAAGUGCUGUACUCAAGGUUUUUUUUAAAUUAUUGUAGUGUUAUAAAACCAUAUCGUCUUUGCAAUACUGAGACUUUGGCCCAGGAUCUUAUAAUCACGUUAGCUCUUUUUCAGAAGUUGGACCGUGUAUCUUGACGUUGGCGUUUAUGCUUUGUUCUUUAAGACUGAAGUCUACACUCUGCACCGCUGACGAUUUCUCUUAAUGUGGAAGGGAGCAACAAAUUUGCGCGUCCGCUGGCGGUCGGCACGGGGAGGGGCACGAUGGAAAGGAGUCUGAGGAACGUCCUCGUGUUGUCCUCUGGGUUCCUGCUCCUCUUCACAGCCUACGGAGGUCUGCAGAGCCUGCAGAGCAGCCUGUACAGCGAGGAAGGCCUGGGCGUGACGGCGCUCAGCGCGCUGUACGGCGCGGUGCUGCUGUCCUCCAUGUUCCUGCCGCCGCUGCUCAUCCGGAGCCUGGGCUGCAAGUGGGCCGUCGCCAUCCCCAUGUGUGGCUACGUGGCCUUCUCCCUGGGCAACUUCUCCGCCAGCUGGUACACUUUGAUCCCCACGUCCAUACUGCUGGGGCUCGGGGCGGCCCCCCUGUGGUCUGCCCAGUGCACGUACCUCACGAUCGUGGGCAACGCGCACGCAGAGAAGGCGGGGAAGCUCGGCAAAGACGUGGUCAACCAGUACUUCGGCAUCUUCUUUCUCAUAUUCCAGUCGUCCGGCGUGUGGGGCAACCUGAUCUCCUCUCUGGUCUUUGGCCAGACCCCCAGUAAAGACGCCAUCCCGGAGGAGCAGCUCGCAUCCUGCGGGGCCAGGGACUGCCUGAUGGCCACCACACCCAGCAACAGCACCCAGCGCCCCUCCCCGGAGCUGGUCUACACCCUGCUGGGCAUCUACACCGGGAGCGGGGUGCUGGCCAUCCUGCUGAUAGCUGUGUUUCUCGAAAACAUAGAAGACACUCAGCGAGAAGGUGGAGGAGAGAAGAAAUCAACGCCUUUUUGGUCCACGUUGCUGUCAACCUUCAAGCUGUUCAGAGAUAAGCGCCUGCGCCUCCUGACGCUGCUGCCAUUGUACAGCGGCCUGCAGCAGGGCUUCCUCUCCGGCGAGUACACCAGGUCCUACGUCACCUGCGCCCUGGGCAUCCAGUUUGUCGGCUACGUGAUGAUCUGCUUCUCGGCCACCAACUCGCUGUGCUCCCUGCUCUACGGGAGGAUCUCCCGGCACACAGGCAGGAUCGCACUCUACGCGCUGGGUGCGGGCACCCAGCUCUGCUGCUCGAUCGCCCUCCUGCUGUGGACGCCUCACCCUGACCAGCUGGCUGUGUUCUUUGUGUUCCCCGGCCUGUGGGGCGUGGCGGAUGCCGUCUGGCAGACGCAGAACAACGCUCUCUACGGCGUGCUAUUUGAGGAGAACAAGGAGGCCGCCUUCGCCAGCUACCGCCUGUGGGAAGCGCUGGGAUUCGUCGUUGCCUUUGGGUACAGCACGUUCCUCUGCGUCUACGUCAAGCUCUAUGUCCUCCUGGGGGUCCUGAGUGUCGCCAUGGUGGCUUAUGGCACCGUCGAGUAUCUGGAGUCCAAGAACCCAGUCGGACCGCUUGCGCCAAGACAGGAGAACCAAGAAGAGGUAGAAGAAAUACAGACAAAAAUGUGAACGCGGCCGCCCGUGGGGCACCCGGAAAGCGUCUGCGGAAGCGUUCGGCCUGGAGACCCUCGGGAGGACAGUCGGCCUUCACCGGGCUGCAGCGGUGUUUGCGUCCAGAAGACAUUGAGUGAUUUCACUGCUUAUGUGCUUUCUACUCUGGCGAAUUUUUAGUCCAUCAUCUUACCAAUAGAGAUCAAGAGUAUCUAUGAAGGCAUCAGUUCAUUUCAUUUUAGAUACGAAAGAAAAAUGUUUAAAGUACAAUCAACCGAUGAGAACCUGCCUAGAAUCAUAGACUCAGCCUUAUUUCUGUUGAUGUUUUAGGAGUUGGGAGGCUACUUAAAAUGACGUAGUCUAACCCCGUAAUUUUAUAAACAGGUAAACUUAAACUUCUAAUACCGCGCAUUCUACAAACAGGCCCGAACCAGCCCCCCGGCUAAAAGCCAGACUAGAGUUGAUGUCUCUUGAAACUUACGGAGUCUGAGUUGCUAAAUAAAUUCACUUAUUUUGUGGACUUACCUCCCGUCC